AUGGGACCUUAUUUAAGUACUCCAGUGACUGAAAAACGCAGCUCCUCAGGCAACAACUCCAAAAUAUCUUUUGGAGUUUCUGCAAUGCAAGGCUGGAGAGUUUCUAUGGAAGAUGCUCACUUGACAAAUUUAAACAUCGACGAAUCUACAUCUUGCUUUGGAGUUUUCGAUGGUCACGGAGGUCACGAAGUCAGCUUGUUUAUAAGUCGCCACUUUGGUCCUGAGCUUGUGCUAAACCCUCAUUUCCAAAAUCGCCGCAUUGAGCAGGCACUAUCUGACACUUUUGUACGUCUCGAUGCCUUAAUGAGGACAAAGGAAGGAAAAAAGGAAUUGUAUCGUCUCCAAAGAGACCUGCCUACAAAUUUCCUAAUCGACGAUAAUAUGGCUGAGUCAGCUCAAUUUAAUGCAGGGUGUACAGCAGUUGUAGCUCUAAUUCGAGGGAAUAUGCUGUAUGUAGCGAAUGCUGGAGAUUCCAGAUGUGUGCUUGCGAGAAACAGGAGGGCUAUCAACAUGUCACAGGACCAUAAGCCUGAGCUCGAAAACGAAUUUAGGAGAAUUAAAGAUGCAGGAGGAAGCGUGAUUGACGGAAGAAUUAACGGCAAUUUAAAUUUAUCCAGGUCUUUAGGAGAUUUCAAUUACAAAGAUCCAUCAGUGCCGCCAGAAAGGCAUAUGAUUACAGCAUGCCCAGAGCUCAAAGUGGAGCAGUUGGGACAGGAGGAUGACUUUAUCGUGAUUGGAUGUGAUGGCAUUUGGGAUAUUUUGACGUCACAGCAGUGUGUGGAUUUCGUAUAUGACAGACUGGGAAGGUUGUCAUUAGAAGAAAUCGCAAGGCAAAUCUGUGAUAGGUGCCUAGCAAGAAGUGUCGACGAAAAUCUAGGAAGAGGCUGCGACAACAUGUCUGUCAUUAUUGUGACAUGGAAAAAACCUAUAAAUUAG